AUGCUCUAAUAAAGUGGAAUAAAUAAAAAUUUCAUCAUAUCAUUUAAAGAAUUAGAAUUCGGUAAAAAAAUAGGAGAAGGAAGUUACGGUGAAGUUUAUUAAGGAAAUUGGUUAGGACAAGAUGUUGCAAUAAAAAUAAUAAAUAUAAUAGAAGAUAUAGCCUUAGGAAUGAGAUAUUUACACGGAAUAAAAGUAUUACAUUGUGAUUUGAAAAGCUCUAAUGUACUAAUAGAUGAAAAUCGGAAUGUGAAAUUAUGUGAUUUUGGGCUUUCAAGAAUAAAAUCAAAAUUGAAUUAAAAAAAAAAUAAAAUUUAAGAAGCUGGACUUAUUGGAACUCCAUAAUGGAUGGCUCCUGAAGUUAUGAGAAGGGAGUAAUAUUAAGAACAUUCUGAUGUGUAUUCUUUUGGAAUGAUACUUUGGGAAAUGCUUACAAGAAAUAUACCUUAUAAAGGUAUGUCUCAUUAAUAAAUUUAUGGUACAGUUGGAUAUGAUGAACUUUAUGAAGUACCUAUACCGAAAAUAGGAAUUCCAAGAUAUCUGAAGUUGAUGAAAAAAUGCCUAAAUAGGUUACCUGAAAGUAGACCAUCUUUUAAAGAUAUAGUAGAAGAAAUAUAAGAAACUAAGUAAUAAGAAUUCAAAGAUAGUGAUAAAAAGCUUGUAGUUAAGGAGCUUAUAAGAUUUUUUUAUUGA